AUGUUGAUGCCUCAGUCGUCAACAGCAGCAACGCAAUCGGCGGGACAAGUUUCCAUGCCGAUUCAGACUUCUGCGUCAGGUGGAAGUUCAUUGCCGAUGAAUACGCUUCCGAACAUUUCGGCGGUGGACUCUUUCUCAACGGUGAAAACAGAUCAAUCCACCGGGAUAGGGCGACAAUCUAGUCACCAGCAGUCCAAUGUUGGGUCGAGUCUUUUUGGAAAAAGAUCUAGUUAUCUUGAGUCUUACAGAAGUCCAGGGUUUCAAACUCCAAGUUUUCAGAGCUCGUUAUUCCAAGUUCCUGUUUUCCAUAGCCAAGGUCAAGCCGAUCAGCAAUAA